AUGAUUGUCCAGGAACUGGAGCCUGUAACCAAUCGCAGCUCUGUUGUGACACCGAAUUCUGAAGACAAGACGCUGGCAGCGCCAGACAAGCGCUGCCCAUGGUUGCGCGCGUCCAUUGACCUGCCAGGCCAAGACUCCAGGCUGGCCAGUCGUCGAUCAAGUGUGACAGGAUGCAGGAGACCAAGUGUAUCGAAAGCGGAGGACGGCAGGGGAUGUGGUGGAUGCUGGCCAUCCAUUGCAUCCACGGUUCCCGCACGCGGCCAGCCCCAGUACGAUGGACAUUCUAUGAAUUGGCAUGGCAGAUGGAGCUCCUGCGCGCUUGGCCAAGGUCUACUCGGAGAAUCGACGAUUGUCUUCCUGUUGCGUGUAUCAAGCCGACAUUUCCUCUUUUCGGAAAUCCAGGGACCAUGCGGUUCAAAGGGAACUAUAGCUGAUUCCGGUUAUGUGCCCUGCAGUCGGUCUGCAGCAGAGGAAUUGAUUAUCGUCACGGAGCUGCGGCAGGGCGGAAGCUCCCCAGCCAUGCCGGAGCACUCGCCGCUUGCGGCCCACCACGCCAUUCACGACACAUUGGCCUGGGCAGAUAGUCACCAGUUACUGCUGCAGGCGUUGCAAGGACGUACUCUCUGUAUCAAUGGUAAUUAG